UGUAAAAAAAUGAAAACAAAGAAAGCUUUGGGAUAUUGGGAACACAGCUCCAAAGUGUAACCUAUGAAUGGUGACAGUGCAAACUAUGCCGCCCCUUUGUUUCUGCUGAUGCUUUGGUAGCCAAAAGGAUUAAGCAGUGGUGAACACGCUACGGUCUUAACUUCUUCCGCCAAUACACUUCUUCUAAGCUUGGAUCUCAAUCCACAAGAUUAAGAUUUUUUCUUUCCUGUUCCUUUUUCAAAGUUCUCAGUCAUCCGACCUGAUUUCAGUAUAAGGAUACACAUUUUGCGGCACUCAUUGGGUUUUGAUUCUGUUUUUGAGUGGGAGCAAUAUAUGAUCAGUCGAUUAUUGGGGCACAACCCUUUUCCUCGAUUCGAACUUUGAAUAAGAUAGCUGUGUGAACGAUGGCAGCCAUAGCAAUACUGGAUCUACUGAGGAGAAAUCCCAACUUUGGUGGUCAAACGUUUAAUUCGAGAAGCCUAUUCACUACCAAACUCGUCGGCGCUUCAACUGCCGGCGCUUCUUUCGCCAUUGCAGCUCCUUUUGCAUUCGGCGCUUUAUUCGGAAAUGGCGUGACACAAGUUGCAUACUGCGAUGCCGGAGCAGCUCUAGAUGAAGAUUUCAUUUCUAGUAUACAGACUGCAUCUGGAAAUAUAUUUCAGAAUGAUGCGCUGAAAUACAGUACCAAGCAGUAUGAUAUUCAGUUGAAACCCCUGUUCUCUGCAUUUCACUGGAAAACUCUGGCAUUGACAUCGCUGAGGUCUUUUUUGUUAUUCUAUUUGCCUCUUCUGGAGCCCCACGCACGCAUGGAAGACGACGAUGAUGAUUUUCUACAGGAAAUUCCUGAAGAAAAGCAUUUAGAUUUAGUUGAUCCAUUCAAGAAAUCAGUGAAACAAAUAGUUCGUGAGACCAGCGUAGUCACCACAAGACGCAUUCUUGAAAGACUUGCAGUUCAUUAUGUUUCACAACGCAUGGCCUGGAAACUCCUCAAAGAUGUUCCCAAGUCGGCCACUCGCAAAGCAGCAAGGGGGAUGCCGACCUUAACAUACAUCUUCUGUGUCAGCAGAACCACUUUCAGAGGACAUUUUCUCGGAGUUUUAGCAUCAUGGGUUGUACAAGUUGGCACUGAUAUCUACCGGUUCUUUACAUCUAUCUCUAAAUCCAAACAAGACAAUGAUACAGUUGACACAGCAGAACAACUUCAGAUUCUUGGAAAUAAGGUUUACGGUGCCACUGUUCGUUGUGGCGCUUCUCUUGUUUUUGCUUCUAUAGGAGCUGGGAUCGGAGCAACACUAAUCCGUCCUUCGGCUGGUCAAUGGAUUGGAUGUGCAGUUGGGGAUUUAGCAGGACCAGUUAUAGUUGCGUUUUGUUUUGAGAAACUCCACACGGACCUCUAUUGUUAAUUCUUCCCCGAAUAAGGAUGCACGUCUCUUUAUCGCUUGGUAUAAAUUCGCAGGAGGUUCGCCUAUCGAACAAGAGGGUUGCUCCUGCAGUAACAUAAAAGUUGUGUUUCUCAAUCUUAAUGUUCUAUCUGACAUGUUGGAUUGGCUUUUGCCUACUUUGGUGUUGGGGUUGGACAUACAAAAAAAAAGGUAGGUAGUAGCUUCUUGGGCUUACUUGCAACAACCUCUGAGUUGAUGGGGACUCCAUCUUUGAAUUUUCAAGUUCAAAUGGUAAACUGUCAGAUGUUGAAACGGAGGCCGUUUCUUCCACCCUAAUUUAGAACUUAAAAGAGAGAAGGAUAAUUCAUGAAUAGGCAUGAUUGAGAUAUGCUUUGAAUUU